UACCCGUGGAGCAAUUAGCUACGUCAUUGUUCACCGCCGGACACCCGCUGGAAAUAAGGAAUGGAUUUACAACUGCUAUUAACGUAUUCAUAAUAGAUUUCAGCAAUGAACAAUGACCAUAGUUGACAGAUCAUCAGAGAAGUCUGACCACGAGUCAGUCGGGUGUAAGCGAUCUCCCUUCACCAGUGGAGACGUGGGGAUGGACGGCAGCUGUUCCAGCAGCUGGGCAGUGGGUCCCACCAUGCCCAGUGACUCUCCGAGGCUAAAGGCUUCAGGAGGCUGCCUGGGCCCGAUGCCUGGAGCUGCUGUUUACAACAGCACGCAAUCCUCUGUGGAAAGAUCUAAAGAGCAAGUGAUAAGCUGUGAUGACGGCAUCGACUUGCCCCAGAAGGUCCUCUUCCCUGCAGAGCGGCUCCACCUAAAGUGGACCCAGGUUCACCGCAUUGGUGCAGGACUGCAGAACAUGGGGAACACCUGCUUCCUCAACUCAGCCCUACAAUGUCUAACCUACACGGCUCCAUUUGCAAACUACAUGCUGACUCGAGAGCACUCCAAAACAUGUCACGAGCCGGGGUUCUGUAUGAUGUGCACCAUGCAAAACCACAUCAUUCAAGUUUUUGCAAACUCUGGGAAUGUCAUUAAGCCCAUUGGUGUGCUCAAUGAGCUCAAAAGGAUUGCAAAGCACUUCCGCUAUGGAAGCCAGGAGGAUGCCCAUGAGUUCCUGCGGUACACAGUGGAUGCUAUGCAAAAGUCCUGCUUACCUGGAACCAAAUUGGACAGGCAAACGCAGGCAACCACUUUCAUCCAUCAAGUAUUUGGAGGGCACCUAAGAUCCAGAGUUAAAUGUUUAAACUGCAAAGCAGUCUCCGACACAUUUGAUCCUUUUCUGGAUAUUACUCUGGAAAUAAAGACAGCUCCCAGUGUCUCCAAGGCUCUGGAGCAGUUUGUCAAACCAGAACAGCUGGAUGGCGAAAACGCCUACAAAUGCACCAAGUGCAAAAAGAUGGUCACAGCCUCGAAGAGAUUCACCAUCCACCGCAGCUCAAAUGUUCUUACACUCUCUCUCAAACGCUUUGCAAACUUCAGUGGAGGCAAAAUAACAAAGGAUGUGAAAUAUCCAGAGUACCUGGACCUGCGGCCCUUCAUGUCUCAGUCUCAAGGGGAGCCCCUGGUCUACGGGCUGUAUGCUGUGCUGGUCCACUCUGGAUUCAGCUGUCAUGCUGGUCACUACUUCUGCUAUAUUAAGGCCAGCAAUGGGCAGUGGUAUCAGAUGAAUGACUCGUCCGUGUCUGUCAGUGACAUCAGGUCUGUUCUCAAUCAGCAGGCCUAUGUCCUUUUCUACAUCAAAUCCAGCGAUGUGAAGAAAACUGGGGACUAUGGUCACAUGGGCCAUAACCCAAGCAUUCCUGGUCAGUCAUCUCCCCGGCCGGUGGUGAUACCACGCAUCAACACCACGGCCCACCACAAUAACAUUGGCUUCAUAGGUCCUCAGCUUCCACCACAAAUGACAAAGAACUCCCUUCACGUUAAUGGGAAUGGAUCUCUGCGGGAUUAUCCCACCAACUCAAAACCCAGCACCAGCAGCAGUGUUGUGGGAAAACCUAACCACGGGCUAGGCUCUUCCACUUCAUCCAUCUCCCACUCAAUCAGCCGGCCCACGAUGAUCCCUGAUCAUGACAAACGCCAGAAGCUUUCAUUCUUCAUUGGACAAGGAAAGCAGAAGCGCCCGUCCUCCUCCUCCUCCUCCUCGUCCUCUUACAGCCAGCCGUCCUCUGCCAGCAGCAGCAGCAGCUCCUGUUCCUCAUCCAGCUCUUUAUCCUCCUCACAGUCUACCUCAGAAGUCCACUCAGACAUUCGCUUUGUUCCACGUCAGCUAAACCGUGUUAAUGGCACGUCUUGCAGUAACGGGGAGCACCACGCUGGAGGGAAUGGAGCACCAUUCUUGGUGCCGUACAGCCAAGAGUCUUCAGAGGAAUCAGACCAGGAGAUCUGUGGUACCCUGGGAAAUGGCUGUUUAGGAAAGUCUCACCUUAACGGAAACAAAAGAUCAGGAGAAGUCUUCAAUAAUUCUCCUAGGGGCACAAACGGAGACUCAGGCGUGCACCAUAAUGGUAACGGAUUAAAUGGAUCGGCCAAUGGCAUCUCCAAACCCAGUCAAAAUGGGCACCAUUAUGGACACCACAAAGUGAACGGACACAACAACCCUGAUAAAGACUCUGGCAGUAAUUAUUGCAGUUCACUCCAUGUGGCUACCGCUGCUGCAAAUGGACUGGACAGUGAGCACAGUCAUACAAGCAAAGAGGAACAUCAUUCUGCCUCUCAGGCUAGUUCUUCUCAGAGCGUACACACUGCUGCCAGUGAAAGCCAGCACAUCUCCGAUCCCGACACAAGGGCUAAAACUGUGUCUGAGACUCCUCCUCAGUUUCCACCAUCGUCCACUGCUAGCUCUCCAUCUUCAGCUACGGCCACAAACACUAGUACUGUGACAUCUACAGAAUCUGCAUCCUUUCCUGACCAUAAUGGCAACUUCAAUGCGGCCUUAUCCACCCUGUCAGACUGCUCCCAAAGCACCAAUGGGCCCGCUGCGUCUCAGCUAAAGACUAGCAGAGGUGACGACGAAGCAGUGAACAGACCACAGACAAAAUGUCCGUCAGCAGGGACUGAAGGACGUACAGAUGGUAAAGAGCAGCACCAGUACAAACUAAGUGUAAAAGGCAAUGAACGACAUUCUUCUAGAGACAGGGAGAGAGACAGAUCGUACUCUGACUGGAGCAGAGACAGGGAGAGACACUACAGAGACAGAAGUACGGAGCGAGAAAGCGAUGCGGAUCGUCACCGUUACAGGCGGGACUACAGAGAUCACCAUCACCGCUCGUACAGAGAUCGUUUGCCUACUCAUGAUCGUUACCAUAGGGACGGGGAGUCUGAGCGUCGAUGGGAGCGACAUCCCCACCACCCCAGAGAGCGCGAUCGUGACAGGUGCUCUAAUCAUUACCACCGCUACCGGUCCAGAGAGGACUGGGAGCGUGGGCGGAGGGGACACGGUUAUCCAUACCGCGAUGAGUCAAAUGGUCACAGAAGGUGGCAGGAGAGUAGAGAAUCCCGAUUGAUGAAGGACAAAAGCAAUGGCGAGGAGAGAGACUGUUACCUGCCUAAAGAAAGAGAGACUUCUUCAUUUGCCACAGUGACAGAAACCUCCUCAAAGUCCAACAGCUCUCCCCCUAAAGCUCCCGUCUCCUCAUUCAAAUCUGCUCCGGACAGGAUGGAGGAUCAAAAUCAUAAGACGAGUCGGAGCAAGGAUAGGGAGGGUAGCUGUGAGGCCCGUCACUCUAAAAAACACAAAAAGAGCAAGAAAAAGAAGAAGUCAAAGGAUAAAGACAGAUGCCGUGAGAGUGGAAGCUCCGACGUUGAUUCCGACAGAGCUGCCGAAACAAAAAAGAAGAAGAAGAAAAAGAAGCGACAGCGGGACAGCGAGGAGGAGCAGCAGCACAGCCCGGGAGCUACUCGCAGCCACAAGAACAGAAGCAGCGAGGAGAGGGGGAGCCGCAAGAGACAUUAUAAUGACAACAAGAACUCUAAACACGACAACGGUUUAUCACCGGAAAAGCGCCGGCGCACAGAUUAUACUGACGACAGCAGUGAUCCACAACUCCCCUCCCAUCACACCUCACCCACAAACGAUACAUGUCACCGCCGUCUCAAUGGGUUCACAGGAAAUGGUUUCAGCCACACCAAUGGCGACACCCAUGGCUUCUCCGGGGGCUUGAAGCACUGACUCGACCCAUCACCACUAUUUUAAGAACAGCAGAGGAAUGACGUCAACAACCUUUUUGAAGUGGUGCUUCGUAAAUGGGGAUUUUUAUCGCAACUGAAGUGUUUUAAAUGUUCAAAAAACAUUUUUAAGGGCAUUGUUUUGUUUUCAGUGAUUCUUCUAAAAAUGGUUAAAAAAAACUGCCACCUUGAACAUUUAUGAUGAAAAAUAUUAAUAUAUACUUGUAUGAACACAAGCAACGCCUGGAGCUUAAACAUCUCAGCUGCUGCUCAGUGGAACUCAGGACUUAAAAAAUGAACAUCCAUUACCGAUAUCUACCCGCUUCAAAUCCCAACGAAUCAAAAGGGAAAUGUGUUGCCUAAGAAAAAAAAAAGAAUGGCUUCAAGUUUAAGAUAUCCCCAAAUCCACGGAGUUGCUACGUUUGAGUUUUUCAUUGUUCCCAGUGGGAGUGGACUAACUAACAGGCGAGAUUUUUUCUGAAUGAAACAGAAGAGAGCAGUGAUGGGAACAGGACUUCUCUGACUGAUACCUCCACGUUAAAGCCUGGACAGACUUGAGAACAUUUCCCACCUUAAAAACUUUUUUGUUUCCAUUCUUCUCAGAAGCCUAAGAUUCACACUGUAAUUUUAAAACUUUUUCACCUAUGUGGAGGUUUUUUCUCUAGAUCAUGCCUCUCUUUUCUGUCUCACAUUCUUUUCUUUUUAAACAUUAGAGAGAAAAAAAAAACAAUGCAUCUAAAAUGUGUUAUCAUGGCUGUGGACCAGUUUGUGUUUGCUUUUAAAUGAAAACUACAGUUUGUGUCUUCUAGCGUCAUAAAAAUACUGUGAAUUUAAUUUUCAACUGUACUAUCAGUUACUUUUAUAUGUAAAAAUCCUGUAUCAGGGUGCUUGGUCGGUUUUUUUUUCGGCUUUGUUUUUAGAAAAUCUCAUGUUUUGACCAUUUUCCGGGCGAAUGUCUGUACUGAGUCUGGUUUGAUUUAGUUGUUUUUGAUUGUUUUAUUUUCAACCUUACACAGAAGUUGAAAACAGCUGUUCUAUCUUUAGUUUAGCAUGUCAGAAUUUAUACAUUGUAUAAGGUAAAAGCCUUAAAUACAUUUGUUAUGUCAGAAAUUGUAACUUGUGGGUCUUGGUCUUUGACUUUGUUUACAAGCGACGUAAUGAAAAGUGCUGAUUGAGACAACUGAAGAGGUGCCAGGAAACUUUAAAAAAGCUCCUGUCUGUAUUUGUAUUAUAAACUAUUGAUAGACUGAU